AUGGAUGAAAGCAAGACAUGUAUUUCUGUAUUUGCAAUACCCAUCACAUUCUGCAUUUUUUUUCCAAAGUAAGAACUGUUCAUUGAUUCUAUAAAGGAAAUGGUAUUUCUUAAAUCUCAAUAAGUCUACUGGAAUAUGAGCAAAAAAUAUGAUAGAAUCUAACACAAAAAGCCACAUGCUCAUUUGAAAUAAGUUUGCUGCAAUAGACCAAUAUCAAGUUUCAGGGAUGCUGAAAAGCACCACAACUGUGACAGGAACCAGUGUUCAUCAACAGUACAGGAAUCUAACGGCAUAUUUCCAAAUGUAAAAGGUGACUUCUGUUUCUGGAGCGCUAGAACCGAAAAAAACUGUCCAUGGAAAACUUUACAAACGAAACGCAGCUCUCGGAAGGUACGGGUACAGACGGCACUGACCUCAGCGUCCGCGCUGUAACGGGGUGCCUUUUAUUUCUUCUGAUUCUUUCAACUCUGUUGGGAAACACGCUGGUCUGUGCUGCUGUCAUCAAAUUCAGGCACCUGAGGUCCAAAGUCACCAACUUUUUUGUCAUUUCCUUAGCUGUGUCAGACCUUUUUGUGGCAGUUCUUGUCAUGCCAUGGAAAGCAGUCACCGAGGUCGCAGGAUACUGGCUCUUUGGGGACUUUUGCGACACCUGGAUUGCCUUUGACAUAAUGUGCUCCACGGCUUCUAUUUUAAAUCUGUGCAUUAUAAGCCUCGAUAGAUACUGGGCGAUUGCCAGCCCUUUCAGAUACGAACGUAAAAUGACUCAGAGGGCUGCUUUUAUCAUGAUCGGAGUAGCAUGGACACUCUCCAUCCUCAUUUCAUUCAUACCUGUACAGCUAAACUGGCACAAAGCCCAAGAGGAAGAUUUACCUGCAAAUUUCAGCAAUCAGACUGAAAACUGCGAUGCCAGUUUAAACAAGACGUAUGCGAUUUCUUCUUCCUUAAUAAGCUUUUACAUCCCCGUUGCCAUAAUGAUAGGCACCUACACAAGGAUUUACCGUAUCGCACAGACACAGAUCAGGAGGAUAUCCUCUUUGGAAAGGGCUGUAGAACACGCUCAGAACUGCCACCACCACCCCAACGACUGUCCGCACGAGAACUCCCUUAAAACGUCUUUUAAAAAAGAAACAAAGGUUUUAAAGACGCUGUCUAUUAUCAUGGGUGUCUUUGUGUUUUGCUGGCUGCCCUUUUUCGUGUUGAACUGCAUGGUACCCUUUUGUGACGUGAACAUAUAUGAACUUGGCGAGCCUCCGUGCGUCAGCGAAACAACUUUUAACAUUUUUGUAUGGUUUGGUUGGGCCAAUUCCUCUUUGAACCCGGUUAUAUAUGCCUUCAAUGCGGAUUUCAGAAAAGCCUUUUCAACCAUACUGGGAUGCAACAAGUUUUGUUCCAGCACCACAGUGGAGGCAGUCAAUUUCAGCAACGAGCUGGUUUCCUAUCACCACGACACCACCUUUCAGAAAGAGGCUCCAAUAGCUUUUACUAGUAGUAAAGGACAGCUCCCUCAGUCGGUCGAAGAACUACUAGAUCCAUUUGAUAAGCUUUCAGUCAUCUCGCAGACACCUAGAAGCCGCAAGAACCUGCUGCUGCCCGCAGUAGUUCAGUUCGAAUGUGAAGCUGAAAUUUCAUUGGACACCAUAACACCAUUUACAUCUACGGAACCUAACGAAUGUGAUUUAAUUCCUGGUCAAAUACGAGAUUAAAAUACCAAUCUCUUUCAAUCCUCAUCUUUGAUCAGUGAAAACUCAUGAGUGACAUGAACACAUUUGUGACACCAGGGCCUUAAGAAGCCCAUUGCUCAUUUCAAGACCUCCAAUAGCUUUAAAACUGUACUCUGUAUAUUGAGAAGUGCAAAUCGUUGUUAUUUAAUAUUUAUCUCGUGUAUCAAUUAAAUCAAUUAAAUCAUUGUAAAAAAAUAACAGGAUUACAGCUAUUGCCAAAAGUUUAACUAAUUUUCCUUCAUAAAGUCAAACGAAAUCUGCUGAAUAAUAUUACACUAAAAUAUUGAAUUACAUACCGCUUUGUAAUGAAAAACUGACACAAAUUUUGAAAUGUGACAUUUCAAAAUCUAACAUGAAACACAGUAUACUAUUACAACUCCAGGUAGACUUUUGUGAUAUCAUUUUGUAGUUAUAAUGUUAAAUAAAAUAUCUAAAUUAUUAUUAUUAUUAUUAUUAUUAUUAUUAUUAUUAUUAUUAUUAUUAUUAUUAUUAUUCAUUAUGUCUCAACCCUAAAAUUCUGGAUGAUGCAAAACUUUUGGCCAUAGCUGCAUAUUGCAAGACAUUAGGUUUCAUCUAAAUUUAUGUCUAAAUGUCUUGUCAAAAUCUUUUAAAACAUGCGUUUUAACAAGGAAAAUGAGGUUAACAAUUUAAGUGUUCUAGCCUGUUUGUACUUUAGUCAGCAUAUCUUGCCACUCUGUAUUUAUUGAUAUAGUCCUUUUUUCUAACUACCAUUCUGUAGAUCUGAUUCUUUGAUGUUUUUGUAGAUUUCAGUAUUAUACAUUUUACAUGUAAAAUGCAUUUGUCAGAUUGCUCUAAUCGUGCCCUUCAGCCUUGUUGAGAAUGCAAAACAUAAUAAACA